GCCACGAGGUGCAGGAUUCGCCGUCCACGCCGGUGAGGAGGAAGCUCACCGUCAAGACGCCAGACAAGAAGGACGAGCUGCAGACGGCGCUGGACGAGGCGAACGACGAGACGGUGCUGCACGAGAAGCACGAGAGGCAGCACAACGGCCUGACGGUCAUGGCGCAGAAGGGCGGUUGGAAUCUCGGCUACGACGAGACCAUGAAGGCUGCGUACAGGUUCAAGACGGCCGACCAGAAGAAGAACGCCGCGUCCAUCAUGCCAGAGUACGCUGUGGGCCACCACGUGCCAGGAGUUCCUGAGCUGGUGGCAACGUGGCCAGACGGGCUGACCUGGAAGAUCGAGGGGGUCUUCGCGCUCGAGUACGAGGACGAGAAGGCCAAGGGCUCGCAGGAGAUCGACAGCGUCGAGGGGACAGACGGGAAGAAGUGGACCCUCACGUUCGUGAACCACGCGAAGAAGGGCAAGUGGCUGGCGAUCUGGAGGCACAAGAACCCAGGCAAGGAGCAGAAGGUCCAGAUGGUCGGGUACCAGCGGGAGUUGGACGCCAGGGAUUUCAUGAAGCAGCUCAUGCAUGACUUCGCCGCGCAGACAAUUGACAAAGCCGAGGCGGAGGAGAGGAAGAAGCUCCACUUGAAGACGAACAAGGCGGAGUCCACGCAGGCCGCGGCUGUCAUGAAGCGGCCAGCAGCUCAGAACCACACGCACGUUCCAACCAUGGAGACUUCCGGUGGGCCAUGCAAGCUCGAGACGGGGGCCAUCAGCUACAAGGGCGAGGACGAGAAGGAGGACGAGGGCGAGGAGGAGAGCCAGAGCGAGGGCGAGGGCGAGGAGGAGACUCAGCACGGAGACGACAACGCUGAGACCUCCAUGGACGAGCAGAUCGAGACGCAGUUCGCGGCCGUCUCGAAGUUGAAGAAGCCGAAGGUUGCGACGCCGACGACUCCACCGCCGACACCUCCGACGCUGGCGAUCGGGGCGUCGCCGAGCACACCAGAUGAGCAGAAGCUCGCGGCACAGCAGGCCCCGACGGACAAGACGAAGAUCGUGGAGAAGCGCCAGCGGGCCAGCAGCCCCAGCAAGCCAAAGAAGAAGAUGAACCUCGCCGACAAGAACACCGACGCCAGCAGCAGCUUCUUGGACAAGAACUCGGCCAUGAUCCCCACGGGGCUGUUCGACAACAUGUAG